CUGCGGAGUCAGAGUCAGGGGUCACCGUCUCGGCUGCACCCGUAGGGGCGGAGGUGGAUUUCAGGCUUCCCGUAGACUGGAAGAAUCUGCUCAAAACUGCUUGUCUUGCAGGGGCUGAGCUGGCAGCUGCAGCGCCGCCAGAGGAACGAAUACAAAUAUUUCCAAAGAAUGACCACAACCUCUUCAGUAGAAGGCAAACAGAAUUUGGUGAUUAUGGGUAGGAAGACCUGGUUCUCCAUUCCGGAGAAGAAUCGACCUUUAAAGGACAGAAUUAAUAUAGUUCUCAGUAGAGAACUCAAGGAACCUCCACAGGGAGCUCAUUUUCUUGCCAAAAGUCUGGAUGAUGCCUUAAAACUUACUGAGCAGCCAGAAUUAAAAAAUAAAGUGGACAUGGUUUGGAUAGUGGGAGGCAGUUCAGUUUAUAAGGAAGCCAUGAACAAGCCAGGCCAUAUUAGACUUUUUGUGACAAGGAUCAUGAAAGAAUUUGAAAGUGACACAUUUUUCCCAGAAAUUGACUUGGAAAAAUAUAAACUUCUCUCAGAAUGUUCAGGAGUUCCUUCUGAUGUCCAGGAAGAGAAAGGCAUUAAGUACAAAUUUGAAGUAUAUGAAAAGAACAAUUAAUGUGAAAGUGUUUUCUGACCUAUUUCACACCCUCUCCCUCUCCCCAAAAUGUAUUUUUUUGUUGUUGUUGACUUUGGACCUAUGGAUAACUAUUUCAAAGCAGUUUGCUUUUAUUUGCCAUUCAUCUAAACAAGACAUGUAUCAGAUACCCUUUGUGAAACAUUUCUUGCUCUGUCUGAAUGCCCAUCAAGAGCCAGGAAUAGGUUACCAGCACCUGCCUAGAGUAGAAUAUCUACUAUCUACCAAGACAACCCAGAGUGGGAGAGUCCCCUGGCGGCAUGAGUUGAAACCAGGGCCUGUAGAGAUAGGGGCUAGACAGAUGGGUCCAAGGGUGAGAAAUAGAUUUUACACAGAAGAGCUAGAACUCAGUUAUUAAAAUUAGAAGAAAAGAGGGACUAUGAAUUAUUCUAUGUGUAUCACACAUCUGAGAAAAAUUCUGUUCAUUCACACCAGGGAAUCUAAGUUUCGAAUUCGAGGAUAGUCCUUGGAUGCAGUAAGGAGGCAGGUUUGAGACAGCCUUUUCAGUGGUUAAAAGGGUAGAUCUGAGACCUUUAAAAAUGUUUAGCAAAGAUUUACAUGAUUAUAUAUCUAGAAAAAAAUAGCAUUUUCUGCCUUAUAAAUUCGUACAACCUUUUUAGAGUGUAAGUUAGCAACAUCAAGUAAGAUUCAACAUACUCUUCAGAGUUCCCAUUGUGGCACAGUGGAAACGAAUCCAGACUAGGAACUUUGAGGUUGCAGGUUCAAUCCCUGGCCUUGGCUUAGUGGGUUAAGGAUCUGGUGUUGCCGUGAGCUGUGGUGUAAGUCGCAGAUGUGGCUCGGAUCUAGCGUUGCUGUGGCUGUGGUGUAGGCCAGCAGCUGUAGCUCCGAUUAGACCCCUAGCCUGGGAACCUCUAUAUGCCACAAGUGAGGCCCUAAAAAGCGAAAAAAAAAAAAAAAAAGAUUCAACAUAUUCUUGGUUUGGACCCAGAACUUCCACUUCUAGAAAUUUGUCCUGAACAAAGAGAUGAACUUAACAGUUUUUGUUAAAACAUUUUUUUUUUAACUUGGAAACAACCAAAUGUUGAUUAAUAAUAACUAACCAGCAGGUCUGUUAAAUGUAUUAUCUGCAGCAGUUAAAAGAAGUACUGACAGAAACAUGUCACAAAUUGCUGAGUAAAAGAAGCAAAUUGUAUAUAAUA